CAGUGCCAUUCGGGUCUCAAUAAUUUUUUAAUUCCUUCUUUACUUUGCGGCACUUCAAAAUUUCUCUCUGAUCCGAAGCCUGAAUCACGAACACACCGUUUUCUCGGUUGAAUAAUACAGAUUUAAAUGGCCGGCCGAGCUCAAAUCCCCAACAAAAGCUCAGCACUUAUUUCCAUGAUUGCCGAUGAGGACACUGUAACUGGAUUUUUGCUGGCCGGUGUGGGUAAUGUCGACUUGCGGAGAAAGACAAACUAUCUUAUUGUUGAUUCAAAAACGACUGUCAAAGCAAUUGAAGAUGCAUUCAAAGAGUUCACCACAAAGGAGGACAUUGCUAUUGUUCUAAUCAGCCAAUAUGUUGCAAACAUGAUAAGGUUCCUGGUUGAUAGCUACAAUAAGCCAGUACCAGCUAUUUUGGAGAUCCCUUCCAAGGAUCAUCCUUAUGACCCUACUCAUGAUUCAGUUCUUUCACGUGUGAAGUAUCUCUUCUCUGCUGAAUCUGUGGCAUCCGGACGGCGUUGAGCACGUCUAGAUGUCGUACUGUUCUGGUUGCAAAUAUGUCUUAAUUUUGUACUGUUCAGGUUGCAAACACGAUCAUUUUCCUAGUUGAUGACUACAUAUGCCAUGUUUUUCAUUUUACUUGCA